UGUUUUCUAAUAUUAUUUCAUAUCUUUACCAUUAAAACGUGUCCACUGCAUUCCAUAUCUCAAAAGUCUUGUUGUCAUUUUUGGGGAGUAACAUGGGGGAGGAAGUGAAAUUAUUGGAUUUCUGGGGAAGCAUGUUUGGGAUGAGAAUUAGAAUAGCUUUGGCAGAGAAGGGUGUGAGUUAUGAAUAUGUUGAACAAGAUCUGAGGAAUAAGAGCCAUUUGCUUCUUCAAAUGAACCCAAUCCACAAGAAAGUCCCUGUUUUUAUUCAUAAUGGAAAACCCAUUUGUGAAUCUUACAUUAUCCUUCAGUAUAUUGAUGAAGUUUGGAAGGAUAAAGCUCCUAAUCUGUUGCCCUUACAUCCUUAUGACAGAGCUCAAGCCAAAUUUUGGGUGGAUUUCAUCGACAAGAAGCUAUAUGAUGGUGCAAAGAAGAUAUGGGCAGGGAAAGGAGAGGAACGUGAGAAAGGGAAGAAAGAGGUGAUAGAAAUACUGAAGCAAUUGGAACAAGUUCUUGGGGACAAGACUUACUUUGGAGGUGAGAGUUUGGGAUUUGUAGACAUUGGUUUGAUUGGAUACUACACUUGGUUUUAUACCUAUGAGACCAUUGGCAACUUUAGUAUUGAAUCUGAGUGUCCAAAGAUAAUGUGUUGGGUAAAGAGAUGCAUGCAAAAUGAGAGUGUAGCUAAGUCCUUGCCUGAACCCAAGAAUGUCUAUGAAUUUGUGGUUCAAUGGAAGAAAAGUUUUGGGCUUGACUAAUUUUAUGCUUGUAUUUCUUAUUUUCUGUUUAGAUUUGCUGAAUAAGAAGUUCAUUAACUAUUUCUUUUGAAAAAAAGUUGGGAGAUGAGCACAUUUCUAUUUAAUGGUUGAAGAUUUUUUAUCCUGAAGUUGUGGUACUAAAAAAAGAAAAAAAAUCAUUUUCUUUUAAUAUUAUUUCAAUAUAGUGUGUGAAACAUUGAAUAAAAUUGGCCAGCUGUGGCUUUGAUAUUCCAUA